AUGGCAACGUCGCCAUCGCCAAAUACCGAUGAAGGCCGCCCGCCACCUCGGCGCGGACGACGGCACCCAUCCCCUCGACGCCGACAACGCCGCCCAUCGCGCCCAUCCAGGCGCCCUUCGGCCGCCGCCGCCGUCAGGACCUCACGUCGCCUGGCGUCGCCUCGCGUCGAGGCCCUGUCGGCGAGCAUCUCCCGACGGACCGUAUUUGCAUCUUUCAGGCGUCUUCCUCCUGCCUACGCCUACGGGCUCGACGGCACCCUGCGCUACGCCUACCAGCCCGUCGCAUCGGCCUCGUUCGGCGUCCACUCGCUUCAGGCCACCAUCAACGUGGUUCGCGCCGUCAUUGCCGCCGCCGCCCAGCCUGUGUCGGCCAAGAUUGCCGACGUCUUUGGCCGCGUCGAGCCCUUUGCGUGGCCGUCUUCCUUUACGUUUGUCAUCUACCAGAUCGGCUACACCAUGAUUAUUCUGCUCGUCGAGGUUAUCAUCGCCGACAUCUCCUCGACCCGUGCCCGUCUCUUCUUCAGCUACAUCCCCGCCCUUCCCUUCAUCAUCAACACCUGGGUCAGUGGCAACAUCUCGGAAGCCGUCCUCGCCGCCACCACCUGGCGCUGGGGCGUUGCCAUGUGGUGCAUCAUCUUUCCACUCUGCGCCAUGCCUCUCAUCCUCAGCCUCGGCGUCGUCGCUCGCCGUGCCCACAAGGAGGGGCGUCUGACCAACUAUCGCUCCUCGUUUGAGAUACUCGGCUUCCGCAGCUUGACUCUGGAGCUCUUCUGGCUCCUCGAUGUCAUUGUCGUCGGCGUCUUGUGCAUCCCCGUCUUCGUCCUCUGGGAACUCAAGGCGCCACCCGCUGGUGCCCUUUUCCUCAUCAAGGACCGCUCCGUCUGGGCUCCUCGGCAUCGCCAUCUUCCUCAACUUCGCCUUCACCAUGCAAUCCGACUUUCUUCACCGUGCUGCAGGUCGCCUUUGACUUUUCCGUCAAGGCCGCCACCCGCGUCGUCUCCUCUACCUUCACCAGUGUCAUUGUCGGACCUCCUUGGCCUGGUCGUCUUCAAGGUGCGCCGGCUCAAGAUCUUUGUCGUUGUCGGAACCGCCCUGUACAUGGUCGCCUUUGGCCUUCUCAUCCACUACCGUGGCUCGACUUCGGGAAGCGGCCGAGCCGGCGUCAUCGGCGCCCAGGUGCUUCUAGGUGUCGCCGGUGGCAUGUUUCCAUACACCGCCCAGGCCUCGCUGCAGGUCGGACUCAAGCACGAGAACCUGGCCGUCAUGACUGGCAUCUAUCUGGCAAUGUACAAUGUCGGCUCCGCCCUUGGAAACACGGUGUCUGGGGCUAUGUGGUCGCAGUUACUCCCCGCCAAGCUGGACGAGACGCUGGCCGACCUCAACUCGACGUUGGCCGCCGCGGCCUACGCCGACCCCUUUACCAACGUUGUUGCUGCCUAUCCGGUGGCGCAUCCUCUGCAUCACGGGCGUCUGCCUCUGCGUGCCCUCAUCUUUGCCGCGAUGCUGCGCAACCCCAAGCUGAGCAACGAGCAGACGCUGGCCAAGGACAGCGCUUCUGAAACGGGGAUGUCGACCUUGAGCGCCCUUGAGAGUGCAUGCGACUCACUGGAUAUGGGGUAUACUAUGCACUGGAUAUGCAGCGGAGCGUCCUGUGCGACCCCGAGGCUGACGUCGGCAAUCUUUGCCGACAUGGGCUGA